AUGCAGUGCUAUACAGAGCUUCUUCCCCCGACUGGGGUCACUCAUGCUUUGGCAGCGCCUUUCAUUUCAGCAACAGCCAACAACUUGGUUGUUGUCAGAACAUCUCUUUUGCAGGUGUUUUCGCUUACCAAGCCCUCUCCUCAACCACAGGAAGAUGGAUCAGACAGUCAAAUCUCGCAAUUCUCCCGGCCAGAAGCAAAGCUAGUCCUGGAGAAAGAAUACCAGCUAUCCGGAACAGUGACUGAUUUGAGCCGAGUCAAGAUCCUGAACACAAAGAGUGGUGGAGAUGCCAUUCUAAUUGCGGUCCGGAACGCCAAACUCAGCUUGAUCGAGUGGGACCCAGAGCGCUUUGGAAUCUCAACCAUCUCCAUUCAUUACUACGAACGGGAUGACCUGACCCGCAGCCCCUGGGUGCCUGACUUGAGCCAGUGUGGGAGCAUUUUGAGUGUUGACCCCAGCAGCAGAUGCGCGGUGUAUAAUUUCGGGAUCCGCAACCUUGCGAUUCUGCCUUUCCAUCAGGCGGGUGAUGACCUGGUGAUGGAUGACUACGACCCUGAGCUUGACGGAGAACGCCCAAAACCUGGCUUCGAAGUUGAGAAAAGCAAAGAUGGACCAGCACACCAAACCCCUUAUGCCUCAUCUUUUGUCUUGCCAUUGACCGCCUUGGACCCUUCAUUGUUGCACCCCAUAAGUCUUGCGUUCCUUUAUGAAUAUAGAGAGCCCACGUUUGGCAUUUUGUAUUCACAAGUCGCAACCUCCACUGCCCUUCUUCACGAGAGAAAAGAUGUGGUAUUUUACGCAGUCUUCACACUAGACCUCGAACAGCGAGCAUCUACAACACUUCUUUCAGUGUCUCGUCUCCCGAGUGACCUGUUCAAGGUUGUACCACUCCCACUCCCGGUAGGAGGCGCCUUGCUUCUUGGCUCCAAUGAGAUUGUGCAUGUGGACCAAGCUGGUAAGACCAAUGCGGUGGGGGUCAAUGAAUUCUCUAGGCAGGUCUCUGCAUUCUCAAUGACCGACCAAUCCGACUUGUCGUUCCGCCUCGAAGGUUGCGUGGUUGAGCGACUUGGUGGUGAUAGCGGCGACCUGCUCCUAGCCCUUGCGUCUGGGGACAUGGCACUAAUCAAAUUCAAGCUUGACGGACGAUCUGUCUCCGGCCUCACUGUUCAUCGCCUUCCUUCGAAUGCGGGUGGGGAUAUCCUGAAGUCGGCAGCCUCAUGUUCCACUUGUUUCGGUGAUGGGAACGUCUUCCUUGGCAGCGAGGAUGCAGAUUCAGUGCUUUUGGAAUGGUCUCAUUCAUCAGCCUCAACAAAGAAAGCCCGGCUUGGGUCAAAGCAAACGGCUGAUGAUGCUGGAGAACUUUCGGAUGAGGACCAGAUGGAAGAUGACAUCUAUGACGAUGACCUUUAUUCCUCGGCACCCGGACCGGCACAGAUCGAUCAUCGGACAGGAACCGACAAUUCAACACAGUAUUACAACUUCCGAUUGAAUGAUCGUCUUUUGAACAUUGGACCCCUGAGAGACACAACCCUAGGCAAAGCCAUUCCGAAAACGAUAAAAAAUCAACCGACUAGUGAAGCUGUUUCCGCUGAGCUUGAGUUAGUGGCCGCGCAAGGCUCGGACCGAGGCGGUGGCCUGGUGGUUAUUAAGCGUGAAAUUGACCCAUUGACUACCAUCUCUCUUCAAGUUGAUGAUGUGAAUGGUGUUUGGUCGGCCACCGUCGCUCCAGGGAAAGGUGGAUUGUCCGGCACUACCGACAACGCAUCCCGUCAAUACGUGGUCAUCUCGCGGUCCACGGAUUCGGGCCAGGAAGUGGAUGAGGUAUUUUCGGUGGAAGAACAAAGCUUGAAGCCUUUCAAGGCACCGGAGUUCAACCCCAACGAAGACUGCACAAUUGAUAUCGGUUCUUUGGCGGAUGAUACUCGUCUAGUUCAGGUCUUGCGGAACGAGGUCAGGAGCUAUGACAUGGAUCUGGGAUUGUCACAAAUUUACCCUGUUUGGGACGAAGACACUAGCGAUGAACGUGUGGCCGUAAGCGCGAGCUUUAUUGACCCUUACCUUGUAAUUCUUCGGGAUGAUUCAUCUGUGUUGCUUCUGCAAGCGGACAACAAUGGAGAUCUCGAUGAGGUUUCGCUUCCACAGGAUAUCAGCACGUCGAAAUGGCGCUCCGGCUGUCUAUAUCACGACAUGUCUCAAUCAUUCAGUCCUGCAGAUUCAAUGCCCGACAGCACCACACAAGACGAGACACUUCUUUUCUUGCUAGGCCUGGAUUGCAAGCUAUCAAUAUUCCGACUUUCCGACUUGAAGUUGCUCGCUGUGAUCGAAGGCGUCGACUGCUUGCCACCUGUGCUAUCGUCUGAGCCUCCUCGACGGUCAAAUACUCGGGAAACCCUAACCGAAUUCGUUGUCGCAAAUCUUGGCGACCGGACCAGCGCCUCGCCUUAUCUGAUUGUUCGCACCGACAACGACGAUCUCAUCUUUUACAAACCCAUGUUAAUGCUGUCAAAUCCUGAUGACGAAUCGUCCCGUUGCUUGCAAUUCUUCCGGGAGGCCAACCAUGUCCUGCCGAAGAAUCUUUCCGGAGAGGCUUCACAAACGGAUAACCAACGACGCAUUAGACCGUUGCGUGUUUUAUCCGAUAUUUCAGGAUUCAGCACAGUAUUCAUGCCCGGCGCCUCUUCCAGCUUUGUUUUCAAGACCGCGAAAAGCUCACCACACAUAUUGCGUCUUCGGGGAGGAUAUACACGUUGGCUGAGCAGCUUUGAUUCAGCCGAUACCGGCUGUGAAAAUGGGUUCAUUUACGUGGACUCGCAGAGCUGCGUCCGGGCUUGUCAAUUGCCCCCACAAACGCAAUUUGACUAUUCGUGGACCUUGCGCAAGAUUGCCCUGGAGGAGCAGGUUGAUCACCUGGCUUACUCUACGUCUUCUGAAACAUACGUAUUUGCUUCAAGUCAACGCGCAGACUUCAGGUUGCCGGAGGGUGAUGACUUGCACCCCGAAUGGCGCAGUGAAGACAUAUCUUUUUGUCCGGAAAUCCCUCAGAGCAGCAUAAAGGUCAUUAGCCCCAAGACAUGGUCUAUCGUUGACAGUUACUCUCUAGAUCCAGAUGAGCAGGUGACAGCAGUGAAGAAUGUGAAUAUCGAGAUCUCGGAGAAUACCCACGAACGCAAGGAUCUUAUUGUCGUUGGAACCGCUAUUGCCAAGGGCGAGGACAUACCAGCCCGCGGCUCCAUCUAUGUAUUCGAGGUGGUGAACGUGGUUCCAGACCCCGAAAAGCCCGAGACCGGCCGUAAACUGAAGUUAGUCGGCAAGGAGUCAGUGAAAGGCGCCGUGACAGCUCUAUCCGGCAUCGGCGGUCAAGGUUUCGUGAUCGUUGCCCAGGGACAAAAAUGCAUGGUCCGAGGUCUUAAAGAAGACGGGAGCCUUCUCCCCGUGGCAUUUAUGGACAUGCAAUGUUAUGUCAGUGUUGCGAAGGAGCUCAAGGGCACUGGCAUGGUCCUUAUAGGCGAUGCCGUGAAAGGACUCUGGUUUGCAGGCUACUCGGAGGAGCCUUACAAGAUGACGCUCUUUGGCAAAGACCCCGAAUACCUGGAAGUGGUGGCAGCCGACUUCCUCCCGGAUGGAAACAAGCUCUACAUGCUGGUUGCAGACAGCGACUGCAACCUCCACGUCUUACAAUAUGACCCGGAAGAUCCCAAGUCAUCCAACGGUGAUCGACUGCUCAGCCGAAGCAAGUUCUACGCAGGCAACUACGCCACAUCAGUGACACUUAUGCCACGUACAGCGGUGUCAUCCGAGCUCAUCGAAGCGUCCGACGAAGACAUGGACCUGGAUCAGACGUUCCCAACCCACCAGGCCCUGAUCGCCUCCUACAAUGGAUCCCUGGCACUUGUGACAUCCGUUGCAGAGGAAUCCUACCGCCGGCUCUCAGCGCUGCAGUCCCAGCUCAUCAACACGAUCGAACACACGGCGGGACUGAACGCUCGUGCUUUCCGGGCUGUCGAGAGUGACGGUGCCGCAGGCCGCGGCAUGGUUGACGGGAAUCUACUGCGCCUCUGGCUCAACAUGAGCAAGCAGCGCCAAGCUGAGAUUGCGGGCCGGGUCGGCGCCACGGACUGGGAGAUCCGGGCCGAUCUGGAGUCCAUUGGCGGGGACGGAUUCGGAUAUCUGUGA